ACGAGGAGGUUGAAAUCAAGGAACAUUUUAUCAAAUUUGAAACAGUUCACGAUACAACAGGAAAAGGACUAUCUGAAACUAUCAUGUUCAUGCUGGAUCAGUUGGGAAUGAAAAUAUCCGACUGUCGCGGACAAGGAUAUGAUAACGGUGCUAAUAUGUGGGGAAUAUAUCAAGGAGUACAAGCAAAUAUAUUACGUGUAAAUCCUAAAGCGUUUUACGUACCAUGCGGUAGUCACAACUUGAAUUUGUUAUUGGGAGAUAUAGCAAAAUCAUCAACCCAAGCACUAUAUCUUUUUGGUGUUUUACAAAAGAUUUACACAAUAUUUGCAGCAUCGACAUCGCGUUGGGAUGUUCUACAAAAACACGUUGAAAAAAUUACACCUAAACCAUUAUCAGAAACUAGGUGGGAAUGCCGUUUUGAUAGUGUAAAGGCUAUUCGAUUUCAAGUUCGCCAAUUUCGAAACGCCUUGAUCGAAAUUGGCAACAACGCAUCUGACAAUAAAUUGAAAAUUGAGAUUUUGUCUAUAGUGCGAAAGAUAAAUGAAUUCGAAUUUAUUGCCAAUCUUAUCAUUUGGUACGAAAUAUUAUCAAAAAUUAACAUCGUCAGCAAAGUAUUGCAAAAUCAAAAGAUGCAAAUCGAUUUGGCCAAGAAGCAUCUGAAAGGUCUUAACGUAGCUAUUCUUUGCGGAAUACAGAAAUGA